AGGAACCUCGUCCAUGAGCGGCAGAUCUCCGAGUUACGACUCCACUCGGCAGUGGCCUACGCCUCCGCCCUCCCCGUCAUGUGGGAAAUGACGAAGGCGAUACGGGAGCCGUCCGAGGGAAAAGCGGAAGCUUGCAGUUCAAAAUGGAGGUGGCACUGCGCCAGGAAGGGCUUGACGUUGCCGGAGUCGCCUGAGAACCGCUCUGGUCGGUAAAGUGGAGUUAUGCCGGCACGGGGAGGCUCCGUAACAGGCGAAACGACACUCGUUGGCGUAGCAGCCGCGCUAGCUUGAGCACUAGCCGCGGUUUCAGCUGGGCGCAGAGCUCAUGGGUCCGUUGAUUAGUAACCUGGAGAGCAGCCUCUUGCAGCACACGGCGGAUGGCUUCGGAGUCGGCUGGGUCCAUGUUAUGGCUAGAUCGUUCUGUCAUGAACGGGGCACGAGGGCGGACCCAAAUGCACGACUCCAGAGACACGCAGACGGUGCAGAGGAAACCUUUAUUCAGUCCAAGGUCAGUGUUCAGGUAGGCAGUCCAAACCAGGCAGAAGUAAUAGUACGGCAGGCUUAUGAGGGUGGUCAGUGGACAGGCGUGGGUCGGUACACGGAGAGCAGAAGUCAGGCAAACAGGAGUGCGGGAACGAGGCAUCAAGGACGACGAUCUAGCGAAGGACAAGUUGUCCCCCAAGUCCUAUAUAUACUGGGAGGCAUCAGCUGGAACAAGGUGCAGAUGCUGAAGAAAAUAUCCCGUGUCCUUUAUAACAUUGUGGUUGUUUUUAUUCCUUGGGAAGUGAGGAUUAAGAAAAUUGAAAGUCAUUUUGGGUCGGGCGUCGCCUCCUACUUCAUAUUUCUUCGCUGGUUAUUUGGGAUCAACAUUGUCCUCACCAUUAUGACUGGAGCAUUCAUAGUAUUACCAGAGCUGCUUGCUGGAGCUCCGUUUGGAACCACAAGGAGUAAAACUAUUCCCAAAGAGCACCUGGCUUCUGCUCAGGACCUGGACACCAUAUGGUCCCUUGGGGGUUACCUGCAGUACUCAGUGUUAUUUUAUGGCUAUUACGGGAGGGUAAGGAAGAUCGGCAGUGCAGGGUACCGGUUGCCCCUUGCCUACUUCUUGGUUGGAAUGGCUGUCUUUGCCUACAGUUUCAUCAUUCUGUUAAGAAAAAUGGCCAAGAAUUCCCGGCUAAGUCUAGCCAGUGCCUCAGAUGAAAACUUCACAUUCUGCUGGAGGGUAUUUUGUGCUUGGGAUUACUUGAUUGGAAAUCCAGAGGCUGCAGAGAGCAAAGGAGCAGCCAUCGUCAACAACAUCAGGGAAGCUAUUGUUGAAGAACAGGAAAAGAAGAAAGAUACCAGUCUGGCCGUUCUGAUCAGUUUGCGUUUAUUAGCCAACAUCCUGGUGCUGAUGUCUCUAGCUGGCAGCAUCUACAUCAUCUACUUUGUGGUAGACCGUUCUCAGAAGUUGGAGCAAGAGAAACCGGAGCUGACGCUGUGGGAGAAGAAUGAGGUAAGUGUGGUGGUCUCUCUCAUCACCAUGAUUGCGCCAUCUGCUUUUGAGCUUGUAGCUCAGUUAGAGAUGUAUCAUCCGAGAACAUCACUACGUUUUCAGCUGGCCAGAGUACUUGUUUUAUAUCUUGGGAAUCUCUACAGUCUCAUUAUUGCCCUCCUUGAUAAGGUCAACAGUAUGAGCUCUGCAAUUCCUGUGAGUCCAGCGAAUUGGUCUGACACCCACUCUUAUUUGGCCACUAUCGCACAGCCUGGUGCGUCAAGCCUGUCUACCCUGGUGUCUGAAAUCUCCCAUCUCAACAGCACCACAGCCACCAUUGCCACAAUGCUAGAUGUAACCAACAGAACCAGGGGCAACUCUGAGACCUUCUCCAAUGUGACAACUCAGUUUGAAAAGAACACUCGUUCUCAGCAGGACCAGUGCUGGGAAACCUACGUUGGGCAGGAGAUGCUGAAAUUGUCCAUCAUCGACAUGAUCUUCACAGUGGCCAGCAUCUUACUCAUUGAUUUCAUCAGAGGUUUGGUUGUUCGCUACCUCAGUGACUGCUGCUGUUGGGAUUUGGAGAGCAAGUUUCCUGAAUAUGGGGAAUUCAAAAUAGCGGAGAAUGUCUUGCAUUUGAUUUAUAACCAAGGAAUGAUCUGGAUGGGCGCUUUUUUCUCUCCUUGUCUUCCUGCCUUUAAUGUGUUGAAGCUGAUUGGGCUGAUGUAUCUCAGGAGCUGGGCGGUCCUCACAUGUAAUGUUCCCCAUCAGCAGGUCUUCAAAGCAUCAAGAUCAAAUAAUUUCUACUUGGCGAUGCUGCUCUUUAUGCUCUUUCUGUGCAUGUUGCCUACCAUAUUUGCCAUUGUAAGAUACAGGCCAUCACAGCACUGUGGACCAUUUAGCGGUCAAGAGAAAAUCUAUGACAUCAUAUCUGAAACCGUGGCCACCGACUUUCCUCAGUGGUUCAGUAAAGUGAUGAGUUAUGUCACCAGCCCUGUAGUAGUGUUACCAGCACUCCUACUUCUGUUCAUGCUAAUAUACUAUCUUCAGGCCAUUGCAAGAUCUUUAAAAUUCACCAACAACCAGCUGAUGAUCCAGCUCCAAACAGAGCGCACUGAUGAUAAAAAGAAAGCCUUCCAAAUCACCGCAGCACGACUUCAGGCUCCAGGAGAGGAAGUGGGUGAUCCAAAGCCAGAUGAACAGGAGAGUGACAUAACUAGCCAGGAUCCAUCCAUCCAAACUCCUUCCCCACAAUGGAACGGCAGCAUCACAAACUUCCACCCUCCUGGGCAGCGCAGUAACAGCAUUCGCACAAUUGCUCAGUCUGCAUCCCGGGGAGAGCUGAACAAACCUGUGGCUGGACCCUCCAGAAGUCCGGCCGCACACACCAAACAUAGGCAUACACAACCUCUUGGAGGCCAGAGUGGUUCCUGUCACUCUAAGUCUUACUACCAUAAGGCAUACAAUCACCCACCCAGAUCUUCUGACAACAUUCACUCAGACCCCCUAUACAGGAAGACUCUACAUGCUAUACAUCCUGUUGAACCAGCUGGGUUCAUUACUGGACACAACUACGGGGGGCGCCGUGGCCCAGCCACCCGGUACGUGAUUGUCAACGAACAUGAACCUAGGAAGAAGCUGCUUCGAUCGGCCACACGUAUCCCACGCCAUUACUUAAUGGAAGAAGAGCCAACAGAAAUUCUAGAGCUGUACCCAUGCAACAUCAAACGCUACACUCCUCGCACCCCACACCAACAAGCACUCCCACAUAGAUCUCAACAAAAUCUUAAUGGAGAGGAGGAGAGAGACAGAAAACACAGAAGAAGAGUAUUGUUAGAGAAAGCUCAUCGACCCUUUUCUCUAUCUGACUUGCACCAGCCAGCACACUUUUACAUUGGUGACAGAAUAAAGAACCACAGAGGGAUUUACAGAGCCCAGGAAGAGGAUGAUCAGGAGGAAGGAGAUAUCAGAUGGAGAACUUUGAAGUCACACUCCCAGUCUCAAGACAGUAUAAGGGGAGCAGAGUCUCUACUGGUCAGAACCAGGCACCCUAUGAAUUCUCCAGGAACACAUAGAGAGUCCCCAACCAGCAGCAGGCAUAUGGAGGCUUGUGUAAAAUCAAAGACAAGACCAAAUUUGGAGCGCACUGUAACUGAGUCUGACUCUGCCUCCCUGGCCUCAAGCAGUGAUCAGCAGAACAGUGGUACAGACCAGUACAUUCAAGUUAUCCAUAACAAGGAGCGUUAUCUUAAGUCUGAUAGCAAGGAAGGAAAGUUAUCCAAAGAGAGGUUUAAACAAACAUUGGAAUUAAAUUCGCUUGAAUCAAAUGACCUGGUUUGUUCCAAUGUAUGAAAUUUUGGAACACUGACCAUUACAAUGUUAUGACCAAAUGAGCAAAUUUAUCGUGUAAGCCAAUAGAAAUUAAUUUUAUUUGCUUCAUGUGGACUUCUUGUAUUAUUAUUCAUGCAUUACUGUAACAAUAUGUAAUGAUAAAAGGUAAUAGUGUUUCAGUGUGGAGCAUUCCAUCAAAAAUAAUAAUUACUGUCUGAAUGCUCAUAGUCUAACCAUACAAUAAUAAUUAUCAUGCAAGUCUUCAUUUGACACAAUCAAUUUAAAAACAUCAGUAAGCCCAAUAAAUAACAUUGAAGUUAUACAUUUUCAGUGAGUUCUUCUGGUACGGUGGGUUGUCAAACUAGACUAAGACCUUAAAUGACACAUGCCCUGCUAUGCUGCUCUGGGCACAUCUGAUCACUGCUGAAUUCAACUAAUAACAACAUACAGGAAACAAACUUGAAUGUAUGAAGCCUAUGGUCAAAAUACUGAACAAGGGGACCAAUGAAGUAGAGGUAGAACUUCAAUGACUGCACUGCACUGGACUGUUAGAUUACACAAACAAGAGUGUUUUUAAAACUUCAACAGACAGUCACAUAAGUUUCUGUGAAGAUGUGUGUGGACUGCCAAGAAGGAUAUUUUGCACAUUCAGUAACAACAAGUCCUGGUGCUUUGCCAGACUUAAGUAACUUCACCAGGCUAAUGAGGACAACCUACUAGAAUGAGGAGAGAACUCUGUACAACUUCUCUAGAAAUCAGUUGACAAAGAAAUUAACAUCGCAAAGUAUGCAGAGAAGCUGGAAAAACAAUUGACUAUCAAUGAUCCCAAAUCAGUAUGGCAAGGAUUCAAAUGGGUAACCAACUACAAGCGACCAUCACAACCAAGCGGUGGACAAAAGAGGACUAAAUGAUGACUUCAACUCUAGAUUUGAAAAGAACACUUUGAAACCCCACAACCAUCCUGCUGUACCACCAACCACCAGGGCACCUCUGACUUUUGUGUUAACCAUUCAUGAACAAGAUGUGAGUUGCAUAAAAUGCAGAAAAUCAACAAAGUGGCAGAAACAGAACUUGUUCCCCAAUCCUCCCUUUAAGUCUGCCCUAACAUCUGUGGUUAUGAAGUUAUUUCAGUGCAUCAUGCUGGAUCACCUCAAGAGCAUCACAGAACCCCUGCUGGACCUCCUGCAGUUUACUCAGCAAAUGUGUCUGUGGAUGACACGGUCCGAGGUUGACAGAACUUCAUUCAUUCUUCACCUCGAUGGUGUGGAACUUGCACAAGGAUCCUCUUCACGGAUGUCAGCUUUGUGUUCAACAUCAUCACCAGACUCCUUUCCUCCAAGCUUCUCCACCUCAGUGUCGCGCCUGCUAUCUGGAUUUACAGCUUCCUGACCGGCAGGACAAAGCAAGAGAUUCUGGGGGACACCAACAAAUCCACACGCAGCAUUAGCAGCGGGGAGCCCCAAGGAUGUUUCCUCUCUGCUGCUCUUCGCUCUGUCCACAAACAACUUCACCCCAACGAACCUCGCUGUCAAACUCCUGAAAUUUGAGGAUGACACCAGAGUCACUAGUGCUGCCACAAAGAAGGACAAAUUCCGACUACAAUGAACAAGUAGAACUGAUGGAAAAAUCAUUGGUACCCACGUACACACCCUUGAGGAAUUGCACACUGUUAGAACUAAGAUGGGAGCAUGAAAAAUCCUCUUGGACCUUCCAUGUCUUGGUCAACACCCUUGACAAAUCCUUCACUCAGGUGGGCAACAUCAAACAAUGCAAACUAAAAUCUGCAGACAUUUCGAUAGCGUCUUUCCUCUUCCUUCUAUUAAUUGCUAUAGUCUAUGUGACUAGUAUGACCUAGUAUGUUUCUAUGUCUCCAAGUAUUUACUGUCAAAAUGUCUUUCGAUUGUCGUGUUAUAGUGGCUUCAACUACAAAUUCCUCGUGUGCUUUUGAGAUACUUGGCAAUUAAGUGUUUUGUGUUUCUGAUUUUGAAAUUCAUGGGUUUCUUAAACAAAAUCAGUUUGGUGUUGUUAUUUAUGUUGAGUACUAUUCAUCAUACAGUUAUACAAAUGGAUACAUAAAUGACAUUCUAUCCAAUAAUGCAUCGAUGACUGUGUUUUAUUGUUAAUGCAAUAUGCGCCAGUCUAUGAAAGUAGUAUUUUGAUUAUACUUGAUUAUACGUGCUGCUGACCCAGAAGUGAGUUGCUGAUUGAAAAAUGACUGGGUUUUGGUUGAAUUCCACCAGAAGGCAGUGUGUUUAAUCUUGUUGGCAUACAUCAGGAUGUUCUGAUUAAUAUGAAAUAUUGAGUUCACGUAGACAUUACAAUACAACUGAUAUCAAUAGGAAAUGCUAAUCAUUAUCAGUGCUGUAAUUAAAAUAUUCCUUCUGUCUUGAGGAGAUAAUAAUCUGGUUUCUUCAUGUCAUCUUUUGCUGCCCC